AGGUGUCUCGUGCCUGUCUGUGGCGCCACACAUUUCCACGAGUCAACAACGUGGUUUGGUCUUUUUUUUUUCGGUCUAAAGGUUUGCUGGUCAAGUCAAGGAAUGAAAAGAUCCGAAGCCGCAUCUUCCACUCCAAACGAGGAAUGUCCACCUGCCAAGAAACCUCUGUCUCCAACUGGCUGUUGCAAGAGCGGCACCAGGAAUACCCCCAGUCUUCACUCAUCAGCUGAUGGGUCCUCCAAUAGCCUGACUGCAUACCCCGGCGCCCAGCAAGAAAACAUGGAGCGCGUGCGUGUGCUGCUGGAGAAGCACCGACUGCAGCGGCACUACGAGGCCUUCGCCCGCCUGGGCGUGGAGGACCAGCGAGACCUCCUGGACAGCGUCUCCGACCAGGACCUCACCGACAUGCAUUUAACUCCUGUGGAGAGGAACCGCUUCAGGAACAUGCAGGAGUUUAUCCGUCAGCUCGGACCAGAUGACGUCCCUCUCCCCCGUAAGAUGGAGGACACUAAACCAGCAGAAGCCUUCAAGAUGAAGCCUUCCAAACCAGCGGAAGCCUUCAAGAUGAAGCCUUCCAAACCAGCGGAAGCCUUCAAGAUGAAGCCUUCCAAACCAGUGGAAGCCUACAAGAUGAAGUUCAAACCAGCAGAAGCCUACCGCCUGCUCUACACGUUCCCUAAAUGCGCAGAGAGAAGAGAAAUCACUGGCUUGGAUCCUGCUCAGAACUCUGUGGAGGACGUGCUGGUCAGGAUUGGCCACCAGGAGAGCGUCGGUAACAGCAUGGCGGUGUGUGUGUUCACCGAGGAGGGCAUGCCUCUGAGCGAUGACCCCUUCUUCAACACAUGGUCCCUGAGUGAGCGGCAUAUUGAGAAUGGAAGUGAGCUGUACGCCAUCUUCACCCCCAAAGAGAACGUGCGCUCGCCGCCCAAGACCCCCCCGCUGAGAGAGGAGGGGGACCCCGGAGACCACACCGUGCGCUGCCACGUCAUGCUGAGGGGCUUCUACGAAAUACAAGUGGACCUCGCGUGCGACACGCUCGCCAAACUGAAAUCCAGACUGGCCAGUGAGAGUGGCAUUCCAUCGCAUGUUCUGCACCUCAGAGAUCUGUCCUGGAACAGCGCCGCCCCUCUGGGUGAGCUGGGAAUUACAGAAGAGUCCGUGCUCCUCUUCUCCCUGUCUUCAUUCGACGAGACGCCACCGGACCACGAGACCACGUUCACCAGCGACGUCACUCCCUCCGUCCAGCAGACGCAGCUGGGCCUGAGCGUCUUCUACUCAACACUACAGUGCAUCCAAUGGGAGCACACAACAAAGGUGAUGAAGAAAAUCCUGAACUACAUCCGACGCGUCACAGGCUGUCCACCGCUGGUUCAGUGUCUGCAUCAGAUCUUGUCACGCAACGAAGCUGCGACCAGGACCCAGAAGAUCGCGGCGGUUGAGGGGCUUUACUUCCUCUUCAGGGAGCUGCUGCCUAGACCCUCCAGAGUGUCCGGUGACGCGGCCGUGGAGGACCACGAGGUGUUCGAGCACUCGCACCUGUGCUGGGCUCACCUGUUGGCAGAGGCACAGAGGCACAGGUACACACACUCGCACCUGUGCUGGGCUCACCUGUUGGCAGAGGCACAGAAUGAGGCUCCAGAGAACAGGAAGUCCACCUCAGUCCAGAAUGAGGCUCCAGAGAACAGGAAGUCCACCUCAGCUCAGAGUGAGGCUCCAGAGAACAGGAAGUCCACCUCAGCUCAGAGUGAGGCUUCAUGUGACGGAGAGUCCACUCCAGUCCAGAGUGAGGAUUCAGAGGACUGGGAGUCCUUCUCAUCCCAGAGUGAAGAUUCGGAUGUCUAUGGUUCCACUUCAUCCCAGAGUGAUGAUUCGGAUGUCUAUGGUUCCACUUCAUCCCAGAGUGAUGUUUCGGAUGACGAGGAGUGCACCUCGGACCAGAGUGAGGAUUCGGAUGACGAGGAUGUGCAACUGUACUGUGAGCAGACGCGCCUGCGCUUCUUUGAGCCCGUCCGCCUGGCUUACCUGCUCCAGGUGUUUGAGAGAUCUCAGCUCCUGCGGAAACUCAAGGAUGGAGAGUCCAUCCCUGGCUGCCCCGCUGCGCUGCACAGGGAGGUGUGUGUGCGGAGGGCCACUGAUGUGGAGAAGAUGCUGCUCAGUCUGCCCCCCUGGAUGAACCACUACGCUGCAGACAGCAGCCUGCCAACAUACCCUGGGACCAACUUCUGUGUGCCUGUGCAGAAGAGCUUUGCGGAGCUGAAGGAGGGGCUGAACAGGUACCUCCACCUGCAGGUGACUCCGCCCCUUCGCCUCAAAGAGGUGGGACUUGAUGCCCCGCGCCUGGUGCUCCUCGCCAAAGACAACCUGGGCCUUUUCACGGGGAGGAACAAGGGGUCGCAGGGAGAAGCACUGCUCUUCAACUGUCUUACUGGGAAAACCGUCAACGAGAAUCUAGACCAACUCUCCAAUCGGCUGGGAGAUGUCAGAACUGAUCAGGCCUUGAGUAUUAGCCGAACUCCUCACGAGGCUAUUCUGGUGCUACUGGACUCCAGCACCUCUAUGCGUCACGAGUGUUAUUUCGCGGACGCAGAGAUGGACCGCAUGACGGCGGUCAAGCAGUUGUUUGAUGCCUUCGCCAACAGAAGCAUGGCCUACAACUUCCACAUCGUCAUCGGCCUCGUCACGUUCGGCAGAAGUGUGGACAUUAUCCACACCUUCACUGAGAAUCUAGAGAAGUUUAAGCAACACAUGCAGACUCUGGAGGCCAAGGGCAACACUCCGCUGUACGACGCGCUGCACCUCGCCGCUGCUGAGCUCAGCAACAUGAGGGAGCAGUUUCCCCAGUGUCGCCUCCGCGCACUCUGCCUCACCGAUGGCUACGACACCUCGUCCACCCAGUCCCCGGUGGAGGUGACCAAUAAGCUGCUGAGCUCUGGCAUCGUGGUGGACAGCAUCCUGGUGCGCGGGAGAGACGACUCGGUCGGCAACGAGAACAUUCUGGAAAUCAGCCGAGACGACCGGGUGCUCCACGGAAUCACCAACGCAACAGGAGGCUGCUGCUUCAAGCCGGCCACGAGCACAGAAGCCCUGAAGCUGUUUGAGAUGGAGACAGUGCUGUCGCUGGAGAGCAGGAGGCUCAAGAGGAAACCUGUGGACACCAUCAAGAGCCUGGGUGAUCUCAGUGGAGGUUUCUCCCGCCGUGGCUAUGACAAGCAGCCUGACGUAAAACUGCCUGAAGAAAUCAAGAGCAAAGUUACCGUCACCGAAAAGGCGGUGAGGAAGUCCAGGCGGCGUUGGCUGAUGGAGAAGGACAAGCGCAUUCUGGAGGAGCUGAAGAGUCUCCACUGCGACCCCCAUCCAUACUGCUCCUUGUUUCCCUCCGAGAAAGACUUCACGUUCUGGAGGGUGCUGAUGCGGGGUCCCCCUGAUACCCCAUACGAGGACGGAGUGUUUGAGCUGUACUGCCAGUUCGGCUCCGACUACCCCAUCAAACCGCCCCUGGUGAGAUUCAUCACCCCUGUGUACCACUGCAACGUCAACAGCGUGGGGAGGAUCUGCCACAGCAUCUUCGACCGCAACUACUCGGCCCACAUCACCAUGAGGGAGAUCCUGGACGCCAUCUACGGGCUCCUCAUCGCCCCGGAGCCUGAUGACCCUUUGGACAGUGUGCUGGCGGAGGAGUUCAUGACCUCUCUGCUCCUGUGUGUUGUAGUGUAG